CUCUCUCUCUCUCUUAAGUCUUAUAUAUAUGUGAUGUCUACAGGCCAUGGGCUUCAUUCAAAAACUUACAACUUAGAGGAUUGGAUUUGGAUUUGGAUUGGAGAUUGCAGAUUGGAAAAUGGGAAGGGAAUUCAGUUUGGAGCUUGGUCUAUGGCCAUCUUCCUCUGUUUCACAACCAAAAACCUUCCAAUUCUCUGCAAUUCCCAUGACUGUCAACCAUCAGCAGCAGAUCAUGGUUUUCUAUAAUGGAACAUUUUCCUUCUGUGACUUGACUGAACUCCAGGCAAGAGCAAUACUACGGCUUGCAAGCCAAGAGAAGAAUGGCAACGGAAGAUGGGCCAACCCAGAAUGGUUGAGUUUGCAAAUGCCAAAGAAUGGGAAUGGGAAUGCAGGUUUCUCCAUUAAGAAAUCUCUGCAGAGAUUCCUACAAAGGAGAAAGACAAGAAGAAUUCAAUCAAUGUCUCCAUAUCACAAAUUGUAAUAACCAACCCCCCCUCAAAACCCAAUUCAACUUCCAUCAAACAAUCAACAUCAAUCAAAGCAUUCCAAUAUUUUCACUCUCA